CCCGCUCCUCCACUCUCUUAUAAACUCCGCCAUCAGAACCUCAUCGGCCAUCCGUCGUCACUUUCGCUGGAAGAGAGAGCGAGGAAAGAGAGGGAAAGGAAAGAGAAAGAAAAAGAGAAAGAAAUGGCGUCGAGCGACCAGCCGCCGGGGCCGAUGCCGCCGACGGCGGAGGGGGAGAAGACGCCGGGGAAGGGAUUACGGUGGGGCAGAUCAUGCUGGACACCGGGGCGGGGAUGCUGCAGUCGCUGAAGCCGGUGAAGCAGAUCAACCAGCACGUCUGCACCUUCGCCCACUACGCCCACGACCCCGGCCGCCAGAUCGAGACGCACCACUUCGUCGCCCGCCUCAACCAGGACUUCCUCCAGUGCGCCGUCUACGACACCGACUCCGCCUCCGGCCGCCUCAUCGGGGUGGAGUACAUAGUGUCCGAUAAGAUAUUUGAAUCUCUUCCUCCAGACGAGCAGAAGCUCUGGCAUUCCCAUGCUUACGAGAUCAAAUCUGGUCUAUGGGUUAAUCCUCGGAUCCCUGAAAUUGUAGGAAAGCCAGAGCUUGAGAAUCUGGCCAAGACCUAUGGCAAAUUCUGGUGCACAUGGCAGAUCGACAGAGGCGAUAAACUGCCGCUGGGCGCACCGGCCUUGAUGAUGUCGCCCCAGGGCGUGAACCUCGGGAGGGUGAGGCCGGACUUGGUCCAAAAGAGAGACGACAGGUACAACAUAUCGACCGAUGCCCUCAGGGCCUCGAGGCUGGAGAUCGAGGAGCCGGAGUGGAUCAAUCCGCAGGCCGACUAUUGGAAGCAGCACGGCAAGGGCUUCGCGAUCGACAUCAAUCAAACCGAGAUGAAGAAAAUCACGCCCUUCCCGUGAGAAUUUGGGGUCGAAUUAGAGUAAUAAAUGUCAAGUAUAUAUAUAUAGUCCUUUGUUUCUGGGGAUGUGAAUUUAUAGUUAUGGAUAUGUUGAAUGUGAGUAUGUAGAUGUGGUCUAAUUCCUCUUGGAAUUUGGUGUA